AUGAAAAAUAAGAAUUGCUUGAGUGCGUGGAAAAAGAAGAAGCACGGUAGUCAUGCAAAUGAUGAGGAUGAGUUGGUCAUUGACAAAUCUGUCCAAGAAACAUACAAAGAUGAAAUAGUAACAAAUUUGGUGGAUGCUUCCACUGAGCAAAAUAGUAUCACUGAGUUGGAAUGUAAAGUACCAUCUUGUGACACUGUGCUAAAUGUUAAUGCUACUGGCACUGCCAUAAAAAAAAUAACUGACUUAACUGAAGUUGUACUCUCCAAGAAGAUAUCCCUAAACGAACUUGACAUGUCCACUAUAUCAAAAUACUGUGCUGAUAAGUUUAAAUAUAUAUCAUCUGACAACUCUGCAAUCCCUAAAAUAAUUGAAAAAUUAUUCUCAACUGAAAUUAAGGCGGGAGAUGAGAAGUUGCUUAGGCUUGAGAAAGAUAAUGAUGGCUCUAUUGAAAAGCUCGAGUUAAUGGACAUUACAUCGCCUUUAGAAUCUGCUGCAUGUUCUAAACGGUCAACUGAUAGGAUUUUUCCCCUUUCAGAUGAGUCACGACGCAGUGCUACAUGUAAUGAUAGUCCUAAAGACCCCAUCUCUACAGAAUCCGCACUUAAUGAAAAUAAAGAAAUAACCACAACAAACAACCCAGCUUUUGCUAAGGAAAAUCCCGUAAAAGAACUGCCCACACUCAAAACUGGUAUCUGGUUCUUCGAUAACAUUAACGAUUAUCUAGAUUUAUGGAAUGACGUAGUUACUGGUAUGAACAAUAAUAAUUUGUUUAAAUUGCUCAAUUUAUCGGCUUUAUUGCGUUAUUUCGGCGAUCCUGCGGGAAAUAUCUUGUUAGACAAAGUGUGCAAAAGCAAUAUGUUACCAUCGGACGAACCACAAAAGAAGUCCUGGAAGAGCAUUUUGGAAAAGGAUGAUAUAGAACCUACACCUACUGAAAUGGUCCCACUACCCACAUUUUCAAACAAAACCAAACACGACAGAUGUACUAUUACCGCAAGGAAUGAUGAUAAAGUUAAUGCAGAGCACUAUUUCAAAUUGUACUGGGAAUCAACUGAGAAGUGGAUGAUGAACAGUUUUGGACCGAACAUGACGGCCAUAUCGAAACUCUAUGUAUCAACUAGACAAUGGUUUUUGCGAUUGACUAGACCAGCACAGGUUAUGUUUAUUAGGCUUUCAAAUGUAUUUUGCACUAUACCGUCAAGUCCCCGUGGUUUAACUUUUGACUAA